UUCCCCCCAGCGUCGGUUACAUCCCCUGUUCCACUGCCCUGAUAUGAGUCCAUCUCCCACUGUCCCAACCUCAGUGGAUUAUGUCAGAGCUGCAGACGUCAAAGUCAUCACUGCACUGGGAGACUCUUUAACUACAGCUAUCGGGGCCAAUGGUUCUACGAUCUUAUCAAUACCUUUUGAAUUUCGCCAAGUGUCUUGGAGCAUUGGAGGAUAUGGAACUUAUCACAAUGUCAUCACACUGGCAAAUAUUUUCAAACUCUACAAUCCCAAACUGCUGGGUCCAUCCCCGGUGAGGACCUUCCACGGUCAGCCAACCACGGUCAACGAGACCGGCUUCAACUUCGCCGUCACCGGCCACAACACGCUGUAAGACUCCGCUGGACACUCACUCACAACAGUUUAGAUUAGAUGUUCUGACUCAAUUUGGUAUUUAUUUCUUCU